UUUUGUAUAUAUUUAUGCAGAUUUUCGGAAGCAAAUAAACUUUAUACUACAUUGGUCAUGAAUAUAUCAAUUGAAAAGAAACGUUCAGAGUGUCCUGCAUUGCCUAAAGGCUGGCAAAGGGAAGAAGUUUUGAGAAAAACUGGCUUGUCUGCAGGGAAGGUUGAUGUAUACUACUAUAGAGGAGUUCGUUCUGACGCGUCGCUGGUGCCACCUAUCCGCCAAACAGCUUCGAUUUUCAAACAGCCGGUGACCGUGUAUAAGACCCAGGAGAGCAUGGUGAAGACGGAUUUGAAGCAUGGCACUACGGAAAAACCGAAACAGCUGUUCUGGGAGAAAAGAUUGGAGGGUCUAACAGCCUGCGAUGCCAAUGGAGUGAUCGGUACGACGUCGCUGCCGAAGUACAUCAAGCCACUGGGCCCCUACAACUCUGACGCUACCACCAUACAGUCGCUGGCCACUGCCCUGCACGUCUCUUCACAGCCCAUUACAGGCCAAACCGGUUCCAAGCAGGCGAUCCUGGAGAACCCGGGCGUUUUUUUAAACCCUGAGCAGCCGCUGAUAGCGGCCGUCACCAUCAGCAAGGAGGACGUUCGCCGUCAAGAGGAGCGCGUUAAGCGCGCACGUGCGCGGCUGCAGGAGGCGCUCGCGGCCGCGUAGCAGCCCGCCGGCGCGGCCGCCGCCGCCGCGCCGCCCCCCGACCAGUCGCACCAGCACGCCGCCGCCGCCCUGCUCC